AUGGCGACAAAAACACCAGUCUUCCCCACGGCGGAAGAGACAAUGAGACACCCUUCAUAUUCCUCAACGAUAUGGAACCUCGAACCGGAUCGCAAGGGCAAAUGUCCCGUCGCCAAGGAUCGAGGCGGCCCCUUCAAUAUUGCCUGGGAAAUCCACGGCCACGGCCCAGCAAAGAUUAUUCUCAUCAUGGGCCUAGCCGGCCUCAAAACCUCAUGGCAGCGCCAAACAAAGUACUUUGGCCACGACAACGCGGACCGCUACUCGGUCCUCAUCCUCGACAACCGCGGCAUGGGCGAGUCCGACGUCCCCUACAUGCGCUACAGCACCUCCGAAAUGGCCCGCGACGCCCUCGAGGUCCUCACCCACGUAGGCUGGACCGCCUCCCGCAGCGUCCACCUCUUUGGCAUCUCCAUGGGCGGCAUGAUCUCCCAGGAGCUCGCCUUCGCCGCCCCCGUCCUCUUCGCCUCCGUCACCCUCCUCUGCACGGCCCCCUGGAUCGAAAACACCAAGUCGCUCCUCGAAAACAUGCGCGACCGCGCCGCCAUGCUCGUGCCAAAGUCCGCCGACCGCAGCAUCGCAGACACGUCGCUCAAGCUCUUCCCCGCCGACUGGCUCGUCAUGCCCGACGAGGCCGCCGAGCUGCCCAACGACGCGACGCACAAGUGCGGGCCGGCCGACGGCGGGCAGGGGUACGGCCGCUUCGAGAACAACUACCAGCGCUUCCAGGCGCAGGAGCUCAUCAAGAGGAACACGCCGGGGCUAUUUAGCAUCCGCGGCUUCCUGCAGCAGCUCGUCGCGGCGGGGUGGCAUCACAAGUCCCCCGCGCAGCUGAGACAGCUCGCGGACUCGGUUGGCAGGGAGCGCAUCGCUGUCAUCCACGGCUUGAGCGACGUCAUGAUUGACUCACAUCACGGGAGGUUAUUGGCUGAGCACUUGCAGCCGGGGGUUGUGGAAUUUGUACCGGGCAUGGGGCAUGCGCCCAUCAUGGAUAGGGUGCCGUGGAUGAACAAGUGGCUGGAGGAGCGGAUCGCCGCUGUGGAAAAGAUGAGUGCGUAG